AUGCCCCUAAGCUGGUGUUUGCUCAUUUUAUUGAAUUAUUCGCGAUCAGAUUGGAGCUCACAAUGCAAUCUAGCUGCUUCGCAUGGCAUCGACGCAUUUGCGUUGAAUGUGGGCUUACCGGAUGGAUGGCAAUUGCAGCAGGUAAAAAACGCGUACGAAGUGGCUGACGCGAUCAAGACGUCAACCGGAAAGUCAUUUAAGCUAUUCUUAUCUCUUGACAUGUCAGUUAUCCAAAGUGCGGAAGAUGUCACUACCUGGGUGACAAGCUUUGUCCCUUUGUCUGCUCAGCUGCUUAUCGACGGUCGACCCUUGGUUUCAACCUUUUCUGGAGAGGCAAAUAAGCUCGGGGGAGAGGAUUUGUCAUCCGGAUGGCAAGCAGCAUUGAAGGCGCCACUAGCUCAAGGAAACCCCCCGCUCGAUGCGCUUUUCAUCCCGGCUUGGUCCAGUCUUGAUCCCAGUACAGCGGUCUCUGAGAAUCCGGUGGUCGAUGGAAUCAUGACUUGGAACUCUUGGCCAACCGGUUCCGAGGAGAUCAAUACCCUGGAUGAUUAUCAGUUUCAAACAAAUGCUAGGGAUUCGAAGAAACUUUAUAUGGCGGGGGUUAGUCCAUGCUUUUUCACCCAUUACAAAGACAAAAACUGGAUUUAUAAAUCGGAUGACAAUUUAUACAUCAGUCGGUGGAUGAAAUUGAUCUCUAUGCCCAAUGCUCCUGAUUUCAUCCAAAUAAUUUCAUGGAAUGACUACGGAGAAUCACACUACAUUGGACCCAGGCUAGGAACCCCGCCCGCUGAUACUACUUGGUUGGACGGUUUUGAUCAUCAAUCAUGGCUCAAGAUGUCAGAUUACUUCAUAAAAUGGUACAAAGCUGGAGCCCGACCAACAAUUGAAGAGGAUUCAGUUCACUUCAAUUACCGACCGCAUUCAGUCAACGCAAUAGCUUCUGCCGAUACCCUCCCACCCCCGACCAACGCCUCAGUUUCAGUGGAUGCAAUCUACGCAUCCACUUAUCUUAGCGCUGCAUCAACUGCCGCCCAAUUGCGUAUCAGAGUAGGAGAUAUGCAGCAGACUUUCACUAAUAUCACUAAAUCAGAAGUCAACACAUUCACUGCCCCGUGGAAUGGACACACCGGCCGAGUCGAAGUAGCAUUACUCGACAAUACGGGGAAAGAACUGAUGAAGAAACAUGGGGAGGUACCGAUUAGCAAUGAUAUUAAAACAUACAACUUUAAUUACGCGGCAGAUGUCUUGAGCAAAAGCGCAUCCGGUACAGCCCCUGCCCUGCUAGUGCUACCAAGAGUUCAUAUUGUCCUAUCUCUAUUUAUCUCUCAAGUCGCCAUCUAUCAGAUGUGCUAAACCUGAAAUUACUUGUAUUUUCCUUUCUAAAUUUUCCGCAGCAAUUUGAAUUACAUACCCAUAAAAAAAAUCAAAUGAUUGAACACUGGUUUUGGAAACCUAUUGUUACUAGUUUGAAAAAC